UAAGAAAUUCACUACAGCAGCAAGCGACCGUCCAUUGGAUCAAUCACGCAAUCUCAGCCGCUGGAUUCUACGUUGUUGGCUUCUGCAGAGGACAAAUAAUAGUGGGUGAGAGAAAAUGAAAAACAAAAAAAAAAGAAAAAGAAACACGCGAUAAGGUUGGUUGAAUCCUUUUAUUUUUUUUUUUUCCCUUCUCUGUGUGUCUCGUGAUCGGUGGGGUUUCUUCGCGAUGCUCCGAGAGAUCUCGAUGGCGAUCUCGCUUUGAGGAAGAGGAAUCGCGAUCGUGGCUUCGCGAUGAUCGCACGCCGCCACGGGUUCUACGAUUUGGUUCGUCUAGGGUUUGAUUCCGACGAUUGAUUCGCGAGCAGGGAAUCGAGGUGGUAGAUCGAUCGGGGGCGAAGGAGUAGGGUUUCUCGAUCGCCGUAGACGGAGAUGGAGCAGGACAGCAAGAAGAGGGAGGCGGAGGAGACGGAGUUCCAAUCCCCCAACGUCCCGAUCCUCUGCGCCAACAACUGCGGCUUCUUCGGAAGCCCCGCCACCAACAAUCUCUGCUCCAAGUGCUACAAAAAUCACUACUUGAGCAAAUCCAAGGCCUCGAUCGAAGCCCUCGCGAUUGCCGCAACCAUCGAGGCGAAGGAGCUCGCCGUACAAGUCGAUGAAGCUGUGAAGGUCGAUAGAUCUGUAGAAGAAGGGGCUCCAUCGGUGGAAGCUUCGGCUUCUUCGGCUUCGAAGAAGCCCAAAAACCGCUGCAGCUUCUGCAACAAGAAGGUGGGGCUCAUGGGGUUCGAUUGCCGCUGCGGAGAGGUUUUCUGCUCCGCGCAUAGGCACUUCGAGAAGCACGGUUGCCCCUUCGAUUACAGGGGAGCUGGGAAGGACGCCAUUGCGAAGGCCAAUCCGGUCGUGAAGGCCGACAAGAUGGAGAAGAUCUGAUCGCCGUGCACGGCCGCCCCCCUGCUGAGGAUCAUCGGUGUAUGUGAUCCAUUCCUUCUAGUUUGUGCUCGUAUUUGUGGUAAAUAGGUGUUAGGUUGCUUAUUAUUGAUCAAUUGCUUGCGCUUGUUUAUGUUGUCUGUACAGUUUGGUUGCUCAAUUUAGUGUAAUUUACUCGAUUCUAUAUUAUGUAUAUGUAUAAAAUCUUUAUUUGGUAUCAUUUCUUUCUUUCUUUCUCCCUGA